GAAGCAUUGUUAUUUCCCGCCAAACGAGACACUGUAUUGUUUGCAUUGUGCGACGCGAAUUAAAUUGUGUUGAAUUGCUCAAAUAUUGCAAACAAAAAUUGCAUAUUUUUAUUCCAACGCUAGAAGCGUUAAGAUCGCCGGAACUGGUUUCACUUUUGUUUGUUUUCUCAAUUGUUUGUGUGUUGUUAUAAGUUUUUUCUGUUAAAUGGCCGAAGCCGAGCAAUACAUCAAGGAUAUUCAACGUGAAUAUGUUGAUUUCUUGGACGAUGAAGAGGAUCAAGGCAUUUAUUCCGGUCAUGUGAAGGACAUGAUAGCUGAGAAGAGCAAACGUUUAAUUGUCAAUAUCAACGAUUUAAAGCGGAAAAAUCCUCAACGGGCACUUGGUCUCUUGAGCAAUGCCUCCGACGAACAAUUGGCUUUUGGACGAGCUCUCAAGGAAUAUGUGUCAACAGUGGAUCCUAGCUAUGCCAAAGAAAACGAGGAGUUCUUUGUUGGUUUCGAAGGUUGCUUUGGUAACCGUCAUGUAACGCCGCGUUCAUUGACUUCGGCAUUCCUAGGCAAUAUGGUGUGUGUCGAAGGUAUAGUAACCAAAGUGUCCCUCAUUCACCCGAAAGUUGUUCGCUCUGUCCACUAUUGCCCUGCAACCCGUAAAGUAAUGGAAAGAAAGUAUACCGAUUUGACAUCGUUUGAGGCUAUGCCAUCCAGAUCUGUAUAUCCCACUAAAGAUGAAGACGGAAAUUUGUUAGAAACUGAAUUCGGCUUAUCUGUCUACAAAGACCAUCAAUCCCUGACUAUACAAGAAAUGCCAGAGAAAGCUCCUGCUGGUCAGUUACCGCGCUCAGUUGAUAUUAUAUGUGAUGAUGAUCUAGUUGACCGUUGCAAACCCGGUGAUCGUGUCCAAAUCGUAGGAAGCUACCGAUGCCUUCCUGGUAAACACGGCGGCUACACAUCGGGUAUCUUUCGUACAAUUUUAUUGGCCAACAAUAUAUCUUUGCUAAGUAAGGAAAGCAAUUUGGAUAUCAGCCGUGAGGACAUUAUCUUGUGCAAAAAACUUGCCAAAAACAAUGAUAUCUAUGAAUUACUUUCCAAGAGUUUGGCGCCUUCGAUUCAUGGUCAUACCUUUGUGAAGCAGGCCAUCCUAUGUCUGCUGUUGGGAGGUGUGGAGAAGUUGUUACCAAACGGCACACGUUUGCGUGGAGAUAUUAAUGUGCUUUUGAUUGGUGAUCCUAGUGUUGCCAAGUCACAAUUGCUACGUUAUGUUUUGAAUACUGCACCUCGCGCCAUUCCAACCACAGGUCGAGGUUCUAGUGGCGUUGGUCUGACUGCGGCUGUAACUACUGACCAGGAAACUGGAGAGCGCCGCUUAGAAGCCGGUGCUAUGGUAUUGGCAGAUCGUGGCGUUGUAUGCAUCGAUGAAUUUGAUAAAAUGAGCGACAUAGAUCGUACUGCGAUCCACGAAGUCAUGGAACAGGGUCGAGUAACUAUUUCCAAGGCUGGCAUACAUGCUUCUUUAAAUGCUCGAUGUUCCGUUUUGGCAGCUGCCAAUCCUGUUUAUGGUCGCUACGAUCAAUACAAAACACCUAUGGAAAACAUUGGGCUGCAAGACUCCCUGUUGUCUCGUUUUGACUUGUUGUUCGUUAUGUUAGAUGUUAUCGACAGUGAUAUUGAUCAGAUGAUAUCAGACCAUGUUGUGCGUAUGCAUCGCUAUCGUAAUCCUAAAGAGGCUGAUGGUGAGCCUUUAUCCAUGGGCAGUUCUUAUGCUGAUUCUCUUUCAUUCAGCACCAACUCGUCGGAGAAAAAAGAAACUGAGGUUUAUGAGAAAUACGAUGCCUUAUUACAUGGUAAAUCGCGCAAACGCCAUGAGAAAAUCCUUUCUGUUGAAUUUAUGAGAAAGUACAUACAUAUCGCCAAGUGUAUGAAACCAAAGUUGAGCGAGCAAGCUUGUGAAGCAAUCUCUAAUGAGUAUUCCCGCUUACGGUCUCAGGAGAGUGUGCAAAGUGAUGUUGCCCGUACACAACCGGUGACAGCUCGUACUUUGGAAACCCUUAUCCGUUUGUCAACUGCUCACGCAAGAGCCCGUAUGUCCAAGACAGUUACUGCAGAUGAUGCUCAAGCUGCCAUUGAACUUGUGCAAUUUGCAUACUUCAAAAAGGUUUUAGAAAAAGAAAAGGGUAGCAAACGUAGACGAGCUGAUGGUGCAUCCUCGGAUGAAGAAACAAACAAUGACAAUGGAACAGAAAAAUCGCCAUCUCGUCGCAGCAAACGUAGUCGCGUGGAAACAACCCAAGAUGCCGCAGCCGACAGUGAAGAUGAAAUCGAAACACCUCAACCAGAUGCUGGAGAUUUAACACGUCGUGAUACAAGACGAUCCAUUUCUUCGAGAAAACCUGCCACAAAUGGUACCACUCAAUCGGAGUCCUUGGCCUCGUCAGGAGAUACUUCGACUCCAGCAGUUUCUACGCCGGCGACCAUUACUGAUGCUCGUCUUGUCGUUUUUAAGAACAGUCUUCAACGUCUAUUCCGUGAAGCUCGUGAACAGAGUCUAUCGUUGGCGCGUAUUACCGCCGCCAUUAAUGAAAACAACGUCGAGCAAUUUACAGAUGGCGAAAUCGAAGCCGCAGUAAACCGAAUGACAGAAGAUAAUCAAAUUAUGGUUGCUGAUGGCAUUGUUUUCCUUAUCUAAGUUAAGUUUCAAAAUAUAACCUUCAUUUUUACGCAUAUACCAACCAACGAACCCAAGAAAAUUUAAAAUUCCCCAUACAAAACUCAUUUU